UUCCCACACCGGACAUACACGCCUAUCCGCAACAGCUGACGUUACGUAGAGUAAACAUUGGAUAGAACAGAGGCGGAGUCAGGAAGAUAACCCAAAUUCAACAUUCGCAUUUCCAUAUACAGAUUUAAAUCGACUGCCUGUGUUAAACCAAUAUUUUUUUGCAGUUGUCGGAGCCCCUACGAAAAUAUGAAUUCUUCGAAAAGAAGUGAAAGUGACUGGCAAGGCCUGGUGAGCGAGUUCCUGGUGUGUAAACGUAAGCUGGACAGUAAGAAGGAAGCCCUCUUGAUAUUAUCCAAAGAACUGGACACCUGUCAGCAGGAGAGGGACCAGUACAAGCUGAUGGCCAACCAGCUGCGAGAGCGCCACCAGUGUCUGAAGAAAAAGUACAGAGAGCUCAUUGAUGGUGAUCCAUCUUUACCACCUGAAAAACGCAACCAGGUGAACCUGGCUCAGCUGCUAAGAGACGCACGGGAGAAGGGGAAACAGCUGUCUGAGGAGGUGAAGGAGCUGAAUCAGAGACUGGCUGAGGCCCAUGGGGAUAACAAGCUGCUGAGAAUGACCAUCACCAGGCAGCGACUGGGGGACGAGGAGGUCGGGGCCCGCCACUUCCCCGCACACGAGAGGGAAGACCUGGUCCGGCAGUUGGAGAAGGCAGGGCUGCAGAUGGAGGAACUGGAAAACACUGUUAAGGCGCUGACUGAUGAGCUGCAUGACAUUAAGGCUGAGCGCGGCGUUUUCAGUGAGAAGGCCGAACGCCUCAACCUGGAGCUCAACCACAUCCUGGGUGGCCAUGAAACGCGCAUCAUCGAUGUGGACGCCCUCUGUAUGGAGAACAGGUAUUUACAUGAGCGGUUUAACCAAGUCCAAGAGGAGGUGAACCUGCUUAAGUCCAAUAUCAUGAAAUACAAGAAUGCAUUGGAGAAGAGGAAGAACUUUAAAGUGUCUGGGAAGUCCAACAGCAGUGCUCUGACAGGAGUCCUCUCUGCCAAAGAAGGUACACCAAACCCAGACUGCCAGGUCCCAAGUCAAAUUUGUACAUGCCAGGAGUUGUUGUCUGAGGAGCAGGGCUGCAGUCUCCCAGCUACACCCCAGUCUAUCGCUGACCUCAAAUCCCUGGCCACGGCCCUGUUGGAGACCAUCCACGAGAAGAACCUGGUCAUCCAGCACCAGAGACAUACCAACAGGAUUCUGGGAAAUAGAGUGGCUGAGCUGGAGAGGAAGUUGAAAACUUUAGAGGUGUCCGGCUUGUGGAGUCUUCCAGGUCUGACCUACCGCGUGUCCCUGGGAAUAGGCAGGGGCCGAGACUCGGUUUCGCUGACCGAGAGCCAGCAAGCUAAGCUGCUGUCGCCCAGCGCCACUCCGUGCCCGCGCCAGCCUUGCAAGCACGCCUCAACGCAGCCGCCCAAAGACGGCAGAAGGGAUAAUACAGGACCUUCAUCGUGGGAACAGACCACAGCUGGCGACGACACUGGUGCAGAUGGUGCUGGUGAGGAAGGAGCGCCGACGCUCGUCGAAGGGGCAGACACUAAGUGCGGCGGUGUGAGCGACAGACGGGGAGUGGAGAAUGUGACGGCGUCUGAGGAGCCGGAGGAAGGGCGGAGUCCCGUGGAAGAGGAGGGGCGUGAGGUGGAAGUGGAGGAGGAUGGGGAGCUGGGCUCCACGGUGGAGGAGGGAGAAGAGGCGGCCCUGGCACUUGACACCCCGCCGUUAGAGGCGGAGUCACACUUGGGUCUCCUCCCCCAGCUGCCUUUAAGUCCAGCUCCCGUAGACCACACCCUCGAGGCGGAUCAUUCAACCGGCCACAUCCACGCAACGGAUCUUUCUGGACUGCCUGAGGCCUCUAAGCCGAAUACCAUAUUUAAGAGCCCAGACUGGAACGGCACAGAGGGGUGGGACCUGCACUGCCAAUCAGAACAGACUGACAGUUGCCAUACCAACAGCUUGGCGUAGUCAUGUGGAGGGUUGAGUUUUGUUCAUUAGGGAGAUUUUAAAAAAAAUUGACGAGAGAGAUGCUUAACGUGGUGGUUGCUUUCGGGCUCACUAUUAAUGUUUUCACAGUGUAGGCCAAACUCCCAUGUGUUUCAAGCCAUUAUUUGGUUGAGUCGGUGGUAAUGGGUAGAGAACACCACAUUUUGGACUCCCGCUGACAGUCAGUGCUUGGAUUGUACCUAGAUAGUCUAGUGUUUUAUCUGGGGGAAAAGCAGACAAUUGCAAGGCUCAUAGACUAUAAGAGAAACUUAGUAAAGAUGAGAGAAUGCCAGCUGUUGACUUCCUGCUUAUUCCUACAAUAAUAAAAUUAGAGCUUUGAAAUACUAAUCAUUUUAAAAUGAUGCACCACGUCCCACAA